GCGGCUGCCGUGAGAAGGCAACACAGUCCCCUCUCGACAGCUGCGGCGCGGUUCAUAUCCCGGACCCUGCAGCCGUCAUCGCCGGCCCUACAGCUGCCAGGCGCUGCUUGCUCGUUACAGACUGCUGAUGGCGCUGCUCCUGGACUCGUGGAUCGCCGAGUUGGUCGUCGUCUUAUCGGCGGCCGUGCUCGCCCUCUACUUGUGGUUCUCCAGUGCCUAUAGUUACUGGAAGAGCAAGGGGGUGCCGUACGCCAAACCUACCGCCCCGUUUGGAAACUUCCGGAGAACCUUUCUAGGCCAGGAAACUGUCGGUGUGACACUGCUGAAGAUACACAACCAACUGCCAAGAGAGAGGUAUGUUGGGUUUUACGGAUUCCGUCGCCCACUUCUGCUUGUCCGUGACCCUGAGCUGAUUCGCCACAUCCUUGUCAAGGAUUUCGGGACAUUCCACGACAGAGGACUUUUCAUCGAUGACGAAGAACCUCUGAACAAACAUCUCUUUGCGUUGGGAGGAAAGAAGUGGCGCCAGCUGAGGAUCAAGUUAAGCCCUACGUUCACAUCCGGCAAACUGAAGGGCAUGUUCAAGACGAUCCAGGACUGCGGGCGCGAGAUGGCCGACGUAGUGGGGAAGAUGGUGGACCACGGGGAGUCGGUGGAGGUUCGCGAGCUGAUUGCGCGCUUCACCACUGACGUCAUCUCCUCCGUCGCCUUCGGCCAAGAGUGCAACUGCCAGCGGAAUCCUGACCACGAGUUCCGACAGUGGGGACGCAAGAUCUUUGAGCCUUCUGCGCGUACGGCCAUCGGUUUCCUUCUGACCUUCCUCAGUCCAACGUUAAUGAACUACCUAAGGGUCAAAGGAGGAACGACAGACGUCAGCAGAUAUUUUCAGCAGAUGGUCGCAGACACUGUCGCUUACAGAGAGAAGAACAACUACAGCAGGAAAGAUUUCAUGGACCUCCUCAUUCAGCUCAAAAACAAGGGAUAUGUCGACCCUGACAAAGGAGAGACAAUGGAGAACGGGCAUCAGAAUGGUGUUGGCACUCCUGACAAACUGUCAAUGGAUGACUUGGCAGCACAGGCGUUUGUCUUCUUCAUUGCGGGGUUCGAGACAUCGUCAACGGCGACAAGCUUUACUCUGCACGAACUGGCACUCAACCCAGAUGUACAGAGCAAACUACAUGAUGAAAUUGACACUGUGCUGAAGGAAAACAAUGGUGAAAUUUCCUACGACACCAUCGGCAAAAUGACUUACCUCGACAAAGUGGUAUCUGAGUCUCUCAGGAAAUAUCCACCAGUACCAUUUCUGAACAGAGAAUGCAACCAAGACUACAAGAUUCCCGACAGUGAUGUCAUUCUGGAAAAAGGAACUCCAGUAGCGCUGUCUGUGCUGGGCCUACACUAUGAACCCAAAUAUUUCCCUGACCCUGAUCGUUUUGAUCCUGAGAGGUUCUCCGAAGAAGCCAAAGCUAGGCGACACCCCUAUGUCUACCUGCCUUUUGGAGAGGGACCACGCAUUUGCAUUGGUAUGAGGAUGGGCCUGCUGCAAACCAAAGUGGGUCUUGUGAACUUACUGUCAAAGUACAGUGUGCAGCCUACACAGAAGACAGUAGCAAAACUUGAUUUCCAUCCUAGGUCCUCAAUCCUAAUGACCAAAAGUGGAAUCCACAUUCAGUUUGUAAAGCGUUCCUAGGAGGACAACACUGAAGAACAAUAUCAUGUCAAAAUUCACCCAUUUUAGUGUUGUUUAUAUAUGUAAGCACUAUGAUUCAUAGAUAGUCCUUACACAGUGGCUUUACUGUAUGGAAGACUAUUGUGCACAGUUGUGUUGCCCCCAAUCUUCAGUAUUGUACUUUUAACAGCACAUAUUAUGUUUAUGUACUUAAUAUAAAUAAACACAGUUUCUUUAUUUCA